UCCAGGCCGCGCCGACGCGCGGGAGCCGCUGGGCGCGCACUGCGCAUGCGGAAGAUGGCGACCCCGCGUCUGGCGUCCUGAUCCCGGUGCUGCCCGCGCGACCCCGGCGCCCCGGCUCUUCAGGUCCCUCGGCCUCGACCCUCCGCGCGCGGUCUUCAGCCCCGCGUCGGCCUCCUCAGCCCUCAGCCCCUCACUCCUCCUCAGCCUCGUCAGCCCCUCACCCUCCUCACUCCUCGCCCUCCUCACGCUCCUCAGCCCCUCGCCCUCCUCAGCCCCUCACCUCCUCACGCUCCUCAGCCCCUCACCCUGGUGGGCGUCGGGAUGAGUGAGCAGCGCCCGCGGCGGCUGCCCAGCCUGCUGCUCGACCCUGCAGAUGAGCCUGUGCGCCGGCGCUGCCGGGACCCCAUCAGCGUGGAGGGGCUGCUGCCAUCAAAAAUAAGGAUUAAUAUAGAAGAUAAUGUACAGUAUAUGUCCGUGAGAAAAGCUUUGAAAGUGAAGAGGCCGCGUUUUGAUGUGUCACUGGUCUAUUUAACCCGGAAGUUCAUGGAUCUUGUGAGAUCUGCACCGGGUGGCAUUCUGGACUUGAAUAAAGUUGCCACAAAACUGGGGGUGCGCAAACGAAGGGUGUAUGACAUCACCAACGUCUUGGAUGGAAUCGAUCUGGUGGAAAAAAAGUCCAAGAACCAUAUUCGAUGGAUAGGAUCUGAUCUUAGCAAUUUCGGAGCGGUGCCUCAGCAGAAGAAGCUGCAGGAUGAACUGUCCGACCUGUCAGCCAUGGAGGACGCUCUGGACGAGCUGAUCAAAGACUGUGCUCAGCAGCUGUUUGCGCUGACAGAUGACAAAGAGAAUGAGCGGCUGGCUUAUGUGACGUAUCAAGACAUCCACAGCAUUCAGGCUUUCCACGAACAGAUCGUCAUCGCAGUUAAAGCUCCAGCGGAGACCAGACUGGAUGUCCCUGCCCCCAGAGAAGACUCCAUUACAGUGCACAUAAGGAGCACCAACGGGCCCAUAGACGUCUAUCUGUGUGAAGUGGAGCAGGGUCACUCCAGUAAGAAGACGCCUGAGGAUGUGGGGACCCCGCCUAAGAGCAGGCACACCGAGCAUGCAGGUGACGAAGAAAAUCUGUCACAACAAGGUGAAGAAUUGGUUGAAGUGAGCAACUGACAGCGUUUGGGGGUUGGUGUAGAGAAUGUUCUACGUGGACGAAUCAUGCAUCAGAGUUGCUUCUCAGCCAGAAGUCAUCCGUGGACUCCGUUUUCAGUAGCAGCGUCGAGACCAGUGGUGUCUUUGAGCGUGUCACCACUUGGAUUGACUGGUAGCUGUGGUCUCCACAUUAAAAAGCAAAGUCUUUAUAAUUGUUCACUGCUUUAGCCAGUGAAGUAAAUAUUUGCCUGCUGACAUAACUCCAUCAUAAGACUCUUACUAAGGCAGGCAGGCCUGACGGAUAUUUCUUCUGGAGUCUCUGCCCUUUCCUCUAAGGGUCCUGGUCUGUGAUCACAAAAGAAAUUGCCUUACGCGGGGUGGCAUCUGCCUUUAGCGGCCUCGUUGGGUGGGUGUGCAGUGCGUUGCCUGCGGAGUCUCCACAUACCUGAUGGUGUACAGUCAGCUUCUGUGACUUAAUAGAAUCCUCUGAGUGUGGGGUAGAGGAGAGUCUUCUCCAGACUCGCACAUGUGGAAGUUUCGGGGGGGUUGCGGUGCAGCCUCCAGUACUCAGGUGUCACGCCGCACAGCCUGGUGGCAUGUUCCCAAGGCCCCACAGGCAGACAUGAAAGGCUGUCAGGUGGCGGCCCCGCUCCCUGUACGACGUGGUUCAGUUACGGAGUGUGGGAGCUGGCCAUCUUGUGAGCAGGUCUGUGGUGUCUGUAGGCAGCCUGUUUUUCAGAGUGUACUUGAUGAGUCAGUGACCCCGCCUCUAGCUUAGUCCCGUGUUUCCAAGCACCUGCUGUUUCUACCUCACUGGGUAAGUUCUUACCACUUUUGUGCCUCUGUUUCCUCAGUAGUUAACCAUUAGGCUGUGAACUCCUUGCGGGGGUUGUUGGAAUCAUUGUUAACCCAGUGCCUUGUGCCACGCCUGGCACUUGGAGAAGUGCUCAAUAAACAUUUGAACAGA